AAGUGUGUGUAUGUCGAAAUUUUAAAAUUAACCUAGCUACAUGUUCCGAGUGCUAACAUAGUUUGCCUUAUGCCAUAAUAGCCAUUAAAUCGGUGUUUGAAUUGGUUUUCAUACUGAAAAACAAAGUCCAGAGACGAGUGUAUAAUAAGCGAUGGCAACGAACGGACCCAUUAGUGGCCACAACUCCGGUGGCAUUCAGUGCUGUAAAGCCAUUCAUUUGCCAUUACUUACGGACUUGUACCAAAUAACGAUGGCUUACGGCUAUUGGAGGAGCAAUAAGUGUGACCAGAAUUCCGUGUUUGACGUCUUUUUUCGCCGGAAUCCCUUCGGCGGUGAGUUCACUGUAUUCGCCGGACUCGAGGAUGUCGUCAAAUUCCUGCACGGAUUCCGAUUCCUACCCGACGAUAUUGAAUAUUUGCGCAAAAUUUUACCGAAACAUGUGGAGGAAGAGUUCUUCGAGUAUUUGUCGAACAUAUCGGCCAAAGACAUCACACUUUACGCCAUUCCCGAGGGUUCGGUUGUAUUCCCAAAAGUACCGCUUAUGAGGAUUGAAGGCCCGCUCCCUAUCGCACAACUACUCGAGACCACAAUAUUAACAUUAGUCAACUACGCCAGUCUCAUCACUACAAACGCCACAAGAUAUCGGAUAGCAUUGGAUGGAAGGGAUAUUCAACUCUUCGAGUUCGGUCUCCGCAGGGCUCAAGGCAUCGACGGCGGACUUUCAGCCUCCAGAUAUGCAUAUAUGGGAGGCUUCGAUGGCACCAGUAAUGUAUUGGCCGGUAAGAUGUAUGGCAUACCACUGAAGGGAACUCACGCACACUCUUUCGUGAUGUCCUAUUCAUCUGUCGAUGAUUUAAACAUUAGAAUUUUGGCGAACAAGACGACCGGAGAGAAAGUGGAUUUUGUGGACCUGUGCCUCAAAUACCAGAAAGAGUUGUCCGAUUUAUUGGAUGUGCUGCAGUCGGAGUGCAGUUCCAGUGAAUUUGCCGCUUUCAUCGCUUACGCCCUUUCAUUCCCGGAUUCAUUUCUGGCAUUAGUGGACACAUACGAUGUCAUUAGGAGCGGAUUACUUAACUUCAGUGCAGUGGCGUUAGCGCUCAACCAACUGGGAUACCGGGCCAUAGGGGUGCGCAUAGACUCGGGUGAUUUGGCCUAUCAAUCGCUGGUGGCGUACGAGAAGUUCCGCACUAUUGGCGACAAGUAUUCGCUGGACUGGUUCCCGGAGCUGACAAUCGUCGCCAGCAAUGACAUCAACGAAGACACCAUCAUAUCGUUGAAGGAGCAAAAGCAUGGCAUCAAUGCGUUCGGAAUCGGCACACAUCUGGUCACCUGCGAGAGACAACCGGCGCUCGGCUGUGUCUAUAAGUUAGUAGAGAUCAAUGGUCACCCGUGUAUUAAAAUCAGUUUAGAUGUGGAGAAAGUGACGGUUCCCGGCAGGAAGAGUGUGUUCCGGCUGUACGGCAAAGAGGACUAUGCGUUGCUGGACCUGAUGCAGGGCGCCGAAGAGCCGGCCCCCAAAGCCCAGUCCAAAGUGCUGUGUAGACACCCGUUCCAGGAAUCCAAGAGGUGUUACGCCACGCCAUCCAAAGUGGAGCCGUUGUUAAAGAUUUGGUGGCAAAACGGAAAAGUUCAGCAGAAAAUGCCGGACUUGGAAGAGAUCCGGAGUCACGUCCAGAACUCGCUGAACACAUUGCGUGCGGACAUCAAACGAAAUUUGAAUCCAACCCCAUAUAAAGUGUCGGUGACCGACAGUCUGUACCAAUUUAUGCACAAUCUAUGGCUGGAAAAUGCACCGGUGGGUGAACUCAAUUAGACUGUUCAUUGUCUAGUGUUUCGAAAAACUACAAUUCCAUUCAAUUAUAGCCUACAAUAUACUGUAG